AUGCACAAGAUCUCCAACUUCACGGGCCAGGCCCGUCAUGGCUGGGAGCGGAUGACUCCGACCUUUGGCAUGUCACGGCCACACACCGACCUGGCCUCGCAGUCCCUGCGGCGGCCGCAUGGUGCGCCGCCCAUGACCCCUCCCACCGGCAUCGAUCCCACCGUCAACCUGUCGUUCAAUGUCCCCUUCUCUUCGAAUCUGGCUGGCCCCGACGUGGAGGAGGUCCUGCAUGCCAGUCCCAACGCCUUGCAGCGCUGGGCCUUUGCCGACGGCACCCCGGACGGUACCCCCGUGCACCAGCUGCCCGUCCAUACCAGCAACGUCGACGGUCUGCGCCGCCUCUGCCGACACAUCACCGACUCUUCCAACGCUCGUAUCGAGGCCGCCGUCACCUCCUCCGAGCCCAAAGCCAUCGCCUCCCUACAACGUCGUCCCAAUGGCCUCGUCACCACCGUCUGUAUCACCGGUGACGGCGAGACCGUCCGCAAGAUGCGUGCCAAAAUUCUCAACGAGACUCCAAUCCUACUGGUAAGUCAUCAUGGUUCUUUUCGAUCUCUCAAUGGGACAAAAAAAGGAAGAAAAAAAGUCGGAUCCUACAUGCAUCUCAUCAUGGACAGCUCCACCAAAGGCAUCCGGACCAGCGUCUUGGAGCAUCUUGACACCUUAGCCGCCUAUACCGGGGCCGACAUCUUCCUCCUGAGCCCCAAAUUUCGGGACGCCGAUAGCGCGGUUGCCUCCUCCUACGGCUACGCCUCGGACAACGGCCUCGACCAACGCUUUCGGGUCGCCAUCUAUGGAGACAUCGAAACGGCGGAGCAUGCCAAAACUAGAGUCCUCAUCAUGAUCGACCAGAUUUUGAAACGUCACGUCGAUGCGAUGAAGCUUGAAUUGACCAUGCACACCCUCGUCUGCGGCCGCACACGCAAGAACAUCAAGUUCAUCGAGGCUGCCACCAACACGGCCAUCUAUUUUCCCCCGCCCUUCCCCCGCAUAUUCGGAUACACUCCUCCGGGCGCCAAUCGUCGCAGUGAAGAUGAGGUCUACAUCACCGGCGAGUCCAAGGAACAAAUCACCCGCGCCAAGCAAAAACUCCACGAGCUGGUCAUGGGCGUCAAGAUUUACGUCAAGGAUGUCAUUGUCAACUCCAACAAGAUCGACAACAUCCUCCUCGAUCGUCUGGACAAGGUUCGCAAGGUGAUGGAAAUGAAUGGUUCCUACGUCCUCUUCCCCCAGUUGGGAAGCCAACGCGGUCUCGUCCGCAUCCAAGGCACCGAAGUUCUGCAUGUCGAGCGGACUGUGCGUGAGAUCAUGGCUUUG